AUGGCCGCCGAACCAAGCGCUGCGCCGAUAUUGGAUGAACGAGCACCCCUUCUCUUGAGCUCAUCGGCGACAAUCUCUGUGACCAGUGACUCGAGUUAUGACGCGUCUGACGAGGGGGCUUCGGUUGGCCCUCGCGAUGAGGAAGCAUCUAUAGGACGAGAUGGUGUCGCGCCGACCCCCCGCGCCGCCAUCGUGCGCAUCGUCGCCAUUCUUCUCCUCGGCACCUUUACCUCCAACGCCGACGGCAGUCUGGUCCUAGCGACACACCCGACCAUUGCUUCCGAAUUCAACGACCUCGAGGAUUCGAGCUGGCUGUUCACAGCUUUCGCUCUCGCCGGCGCGUCCACACAGGCCAUCUACGGCAAGCUCAGCGAUAUCUACGGCCGCAGGGCGUUGCUCGUCGUGGCAUACUCGCUCUUCGCGCUGGGAUGCUUCAUUGUAGGCAUUGGAGGGUCCAUGGGGGAGGUUGUGCUUGGUAGGGUCAUAUCAGGGUCUGGCGGAUCGGCCAUGAACGUCGUUGCUGCGCUGGUCAUCACGGAUCUCGUCCCGCUGCGCGACGUCGCCGCCUGGCAAGCAACCAUCAACCUUGCAGCGACCAUCGGACGCAGCCUCGGCGGUCCCGUGGGAGGAUGGCUCGCAGACACGAUCGGUUGGCGCUGGUCCUUCCUCGGCCAGGCGCCAAUCUUCAUGUUCGCGCUGCUCCUCUGCAUGGCCUACCUCCCAUCCACGACCAAGCGCACAGCGGCCCCCGCCAGCGCGGCGGAUCAGUCGACGGCCAAGACACCAGAACCGAGCAAGGGAUCCCUCUCCCGCAUCGACUGGCUCGGGGCCCUGCUCCUCGCCCUUACGAUCCUCGCCUUCUCGCGCCCAUCGACUCGGCGCAGCAGAUCCCUUGUUCCCACCCCGCUGCGCCGUCGUCAUGGGCCCCCAUGA